AUAGGUUGAGUCUACAUGGUUCUCAUGGCGAGUUUAAGAAGAACCCGCCGUGACGCACCAGUACGAACAGACCAGUGUUUGCUGACUGUGUGACACAUCCGAUAGGAAGAUGGCAGAAGUCGCUCCAGCUCCCGCCGCCGCUCCGGCCAAAGCAUCCAAGAAGAAAGCGGCACCUAAGCCGAAGAAAUCGGGCCCCAGUGUCGGGGAGUUGAUUGUGAAGGCUGUGUCCGCCUCCAAAGAAAGGAACGGCCUGUCUCUUGUCGCUCUGAAGAAGUCUCUGGCAGCCGGUGGCUACGACGUGGAGAAGAACAACUCCCGCGUAAAGCUAGCGAUUAAGGCUCUGGUGACUAAAGGGACUCUGCUUCAGACCAAGGGAACCGGCGCCGCUGGCUCCUUCAAGCUGAACAAGAAGCAGAGCGAAACCGUCAAGAAGCCCGCGAAGAAAGCCGCUCCUAAAGUCAAGAAGCCAGCAGCAAAGAAACCCGCGGCGGCGAAGAAGCCUAAGAAGGCGGCGUCCUCAGCAGCCAAGAAGCCGGCAGCAGCUAAGAAGCCGACAGCCGCCAAAAAGUCUCCCAAGAAGGCAAAGAAGCCGGCGGUAGCCAAGAAAGCGACCAAGAGUCCCAAGAAGGCGAAAAAGCCGGCGGCAGCAAAGAAGGCCACCAAGAGCCCGAAGAAAGUAAAGGCAGCCAAGCCUAAAGUCGCUAAACCCAAGGCUACCAGAGCCAAAAAAGCCGCUCCCAAGAAGAAGUGAAGGGACAGCUGCUGAUUUCCAAAUCUUGGAGUACGAAAAGGCUCUUUUAAGAGCCACCCACUGAUCUCAGAAAUAGAGCUUUAUCUUGACUUAAUCCUAUUUUACCUAAAAGAGAUUUUUAUUUGCAUCGUGUGUAGUCUGACGAAUAUAAAGCGAUGUACCACAUGACAUUGAAACGGCUAAGGAAUUACCUUAAAGCGUUUACGAAGUUACUCAAUGCAAGUUUCUGUAUAGCAGAAUUGCUACAGGGUAAGUUCUAUACAAGGGCGGUAGAGUACAUAAUAGUUAUGAUUAAAUUACAUUUAAAAACACCCGAAAGCCAGACAAAUAGUGAAAUGAAUAGCUACAUCGUGGAGAGUGGACGACUGAUUUUAUUUAUUGAAAAUGUACAGCAAACAAUGUUUUAGCCCUGAUUUAAUUAGCUAACCGUUCGAACAGGUCAAAAAAAUCAAUCAUAUACUGCACUUUCUUGUUAGUGAGGAAUCUGGCGGCAUUCCGGAGGAGCUGCGGCUGUCUGAUUAUUUUUUGCCGUGAAUAAGUGCUAUUCUAAAAACUAUUAUGUGUGUUGUUUAGGCAAAAAACCUUUAAUUCUUGCUUUGUAAGGUGGUAGUGCGCUGAUUUUGUAAUU